UACCUAUUUAUAGUUUACAUUCUGCUAGGUGUAAUAAAGAAAUAUGCAUAUAAAAUUAAUCAAACAGCAGGCCUACUCUUAACCCUUGCUAUUGAUAUCAUGGGCACCAUUAUUUAAAUCAUAAUAAGGCAUAGCACAAAUGACCAUUACAUUAACGAAUCUUCCCUGGUCCAGAACAUUUGGGUGUUUGAACAGUUCAAAACACAAAUGUAAAGACAUCAUUAAAAAACACCCAUUGAAUGAAUGAAUGAGACUUUAUUAAUCCCAGAAAGAAAUUUCCUUUCAAGGCCACAACAUACAUACUUUCAGCAUAAAGUCAUGUGGAGGUGGUACUGAAAUUUUAAUAUUACCAGUAAGUGUCCAACAGCAGGUCUGUCUUCUGUGAAAAUACCGCAGAAGUUUCCUUUAUGUCCUUGUACAUUGGCCUUGAGCAUCAUGUGCUCACAACAAAACUGAAGUGUUGGAGUCUAAUAAUACUACUACUAAUAAUAAAAGCAGUAGAGAAGGCCAACACUGCAGUCAGCCAACACUCCAGCGGUGCUGAACAAAGUGUCUGAAGGGGCAGCAGGUGACGUAGUGGUUAGAGCUGCCACUUUCAAAUCCGAUGGUCACAGCGCUGAAUCCCACCUCCUGCAGUCGUAUCCUUGAUCAAAGUACUCAUACCAAUAAAGGACACAAGUACAAUGACCCAGCUGUGUAAAUGGAUAAAUAAUCACCAGCAGGUAAGUGUGGUAAGUAAGUGUGGUAAGUCACUUUGUGGAAAAGCAUGAAUGGAAAUGUUGGGCUGUGUUCAAAGUUUCCAGUAAAGCAGCAGAAGAGCAGCCCCCGAAAGGCUGAUAGGAAUCCCGGACUCUCACGCUGCCGGUUUUUAAUCCAAAGGAGCAUAUUUUAAAAUGUGUUGUUCUUUCUGUUGUGCUUCGUUCUAUGGAAAACUGUGUGUGUAGCUGUAGUGUGUGCAGCGAGUUCCUGUGCACAGGGUUACUUGGAAGGACCCGGCCGAACGUCCGUCAAAGAACCACACUGAGCGCAGUGAAAUAAGUGUAAUGUACCUGCAGCAAUGAACCGCUGUCGAGAAAUUCUGGAAGAACCUGUCGGCCUGCACAGGAAAGACGAGGAACCGACUAGACAGGUUCUCGCUGUUAGACCUCCUGACCCUUCCUGAACAUCUUGCCGUAGUGAGAAGUCCAUUGUGCGCCUUCAAGAGCGCUGAUCUUCUGUACCAGUUCUCCGGGUGGGUCUGUUGGCUGGGAGCCCUGGGUGAGGGGGAUGUCAGUGCACUGUGAGGUCUCUUUAUGUUGGAGGUUUAUGUCCGCAUUGCCAUUAUUGCACAUAUAGUGCAUCACUCCAUAGGGGGCCAGGCUCCGCCCCCCGCCACAGUCAGUGUGUAGGCGCUCCAUGUAUAAAGAAUGUAUAUAGUAAAAUGAACUAAGUAUAAAACACUGGUAACAGUGUUCGCCAUGUGUAAUAAUAAUACUACUAAUAAUAAUAAUAGUAAUAAUAAUGUAUCCGCAGCCCACACACAACGUACACAGAACACAAUGUAUCCGCCUACGAGGCCCAGGAACUCGGCACAGGUUAGCCCCUCCCCCUCGCUCCCUAUUGGACGUCGCCUGCUUCUUCUUCCGCUCUGAUUGGACAGCGCGCUCGUCAGACCGUGCGUACCAAGGGCAGUUCAAACUGCAACGAUGAAGCACUACGAGGUAAGAAAUGCUGUGAAAACGACGAUAAGUGUGUGUUCGCGUCCACCGUGGACAUACGAUACACACGUGUUGCAGCGGUUUUCGCUGUCCUCUCCAAAGGUGAAAUAGAGUAACGGUAUGAAACGAGACGGUGUUCGUGUGCGGUCGAGCGGCGCGAUUUUGUCAGCGUGAACACAAUGAAUGUGAGUGUGGAGGCCGAGCGCGUGUUGUCAAAUUGUGUGUGUGUGUGGGUCUAAAUCACAGCGCAGUGUCCGUACAUCAUCGGUGUUGUACAAUGGGAGCACGCCGUUUAUAGGUAUUAAAGACCGGGUCACAGUGACAGGAGCAGUGUGUGUGUGAGAGAGAGAUAGGUAAUUACACACCACCUGUGCUAUGUGAUUACAACGACAAUAAAUCAAAUCAUAAAGUGCAGAGUAUGGCUAAAAUCCCAUUAUUUUCGUUUUUACCAAUAUAAUGAUGAUGAUGAUGAUGAUGAUUUUCUGCGUGUGUUUUAGUAGGUGAUGAAAUAGUAACAAAUCAUGAUGGUUUCAGUUAUUAGUGAGAUCAGUACAGGUGAGUGGUGUGUGUGUGUGUGUGUGUGUGUGUCGGCCGCUCAUCUUCUCCACAUUUGAUCUGGGUCUCUUGCUUGAGGAAACUGAAUGUGUCUUUAACUGUGUGCGUGGACUGUGGACUGUACGCUCUGUGUGUGUGUGUGUGUGUGUGUGUGUGUGUGUGUGUGUGGUUGCGAUUUACCAGAGCGCUCAGUUCAGUGAAAGACACACCAGCAUCAUGGAAACGUGAAAAGUAUCACAUGUAGGCAGUGUGUAACUAUGGAAACCUUUGCAGGUUUGAGACACAGUCACUUUGCUUUCUGCCACUGUAAUGGACACAUUGUUGUAUUUUCUAUGAUGACAAAUGAAUAUAUGGAGAUGUCCGUAAAUGUUUGGAAACACGGUCGGGUUUAGUUGCGGUUCAUCCCCAGUUCAGUAUUGUCGUACAUUGAAGCUGUGUGUGAUGUUAUUAAUAUUUGCUCCCCAGUGAAGGGACCACAAUUCCAUUCUUAGUUACCGUGGUGGUCUAGGGCCAAUCCUGGAAGUACAGGGUGCAAGGCAGGGUGGGUGUAUAUACAUACACACACACGUGCGCGCACAUACCAAAGCCACACUGGAGAUGUGUCUUUGGACUGUGAGAGGAAACCAGAGCAUGGACAAGGAACCCAUGUAGCACCGCCGUGCCCCCAUACCAGCCAUCAGUGUCGCCGCACAGGGAAAUGGAACAGUUUAGAGCGGUGAAGUGAUGUGUAACGAAGAUGGACAGUCACAGCGAUGCGCUCGCACUCUCACACGUGUCCUGCAAAGCAGCUUAUGGCACAUUAUCGCAGUUAUAAAUACACCUUUGCCUGGAGCCCAAAGAAAAGGGAUCUGACCGAGUGUCGAUGUUCACCAUGCAGUACCGGUGUAAAGUGUGAGUACACGUGGCAAUAUUGUAUGUGCACAAUAAUCAACAGAUUCUUCACCACGACAAGCACAAGUAGGACGCCGGGGGAUCUAGCGGUGGAUGUAGAAGUGGAGGUAUCACUCUCAGCUCAGUGGCUUGCUUAGCAAAUAUCUCAUUCCCUCAGCUGUAGUAAUUAAUAUUUAGUUGUUGCUGUAAGUAUUAAGGGUAAAGCUAGUUUAAUUCCUUUUCAAUAACUGGUGGAGCCACUAUAUCUUUCAGUAAUACAGUAUCUGCAAAACAUUUCUUAGUCUUUUUAGCUGCUGAGAUUAAAUUUUUAUGGUCAGAGUGUUGCAAAUUUAUACUUUCUCACCAAUAGGGGGCAGCACCUGGUAAUUAUAGUCAGUGAGGUGCUGCCCUCUAGUGGUGACAAAGCCGAAACGCGCAUCUAAACUGCCCGGAUUUUUAUUAUACUGUAAGAAUAAAGGCAGAACUAGUUGGAUUUGGUUAAAUUAAUAAAAUCCGUAAUUGUGGAAACAAGUGGUUGUGGAAUAAAUGUAACGGAACAAAUGAAAGUCUCUUAGUCAGUUCCUUGCUGCGACUGACAGUCUCAGUAUAAAUGGAAACCUUACAGUGAAUUUUAAAUGCAUUCCAGCUACAUUGUGGUGUUUUAGGAACCCGCCUUCGGGGAUGUCUGUUUUGAUUUUUACUGGGUGCAGCUCAUUGGUUGCAUUUGCGAGUGAAUCUAAUGGAAUUCUGAACAGACUUCUGUCCAGUCCUGUACAAAAGUUAAAAACAGAAUACAGUAUUUAAAGUUGCACUGUACACCUUUAGUAUGAGCUCCUUUUGCACCGACUCUAUACGCUCAUAUCUGAUGGGUUUUCUUCAUUAUGACUUUUCACUCGUAGCAAGAACAAAGUAUUAAUAAUAAUAUUAUUAUUGCCACUAUUACUAGGUUCUUUAAAUUACGUACUUAAGCGAGUCGUUUCAGAUUAAGCUCACUUCCGAAGGCCAAUGGCCAGGUUCCUCCUCGAACCUGCAACCUUCAGCAUACGUGUGUAUCGGUAACCACGAGCCAGGUGCUUUUCCCUCAGUGUUCUCGCACACAGGGGAGCGUCAGUCUUACCGGGCUACCGCCACUGACCUGGUGACGCUGCUUCGGUCCGGGCUCUCGGGACACCGGUGGGCUGCUGUCGGGUGUCUGAGCUCCAGCACACGGCUCGGAGUAGGCAGCCCCAUACGGCACAAGUGUGUGUAUCGGCGCUCACUCGCUGGUCGCAACUGCACGGGGAGGGUGCGAGUUCCCAGCUUACUCUCUCCUCUGGUUCUCAUCAGAUUUGAAGAGAUAGAUGAGAUGGAUGACCAGUCUCACGCGGUCCUGCAGGGUAGGCUGAUGGCGUGUGUGUUAUAGAUGUGUGUGUCCUUUAGGGUUCCUUUUGAUUAUUUUUAUCUCCUCCCUGUGUGUGUGGGGUAUUUCCAGCACUGCUGUUAUCCCAGUAAUUCCAGCCAUGCCGUGGCUGCACUCUGACCUUUCCACAGCUCUGUCGGCACUGGGCGUGCUCUCUAACCCUCUCCAUGUCCCGGUCCACCGCCCCCCCCAAGUUGUCAUGGAAAUAGUGUGUCCCACCCCACCCGUUUUGUGAGAAAACAUGACGUGUUGAGCGUAGAGGUUGUUCUGCAUGUCAUUUGUCUCCUGACAUGUGGAUUUCCCGAUAUCCGCUCUGAAAUUACGAAUACCAGUUAUCGAUAAUUGGUCUAAAUUGUCCCGUUCCCCCCCCCGUCUGACGUGUGGUCCAACACAAUAAACUAACACCGAAAACUAGAGAACUGCCAGACAGCUGUGUGAGCAAGACUGAGACUCACUGCAUUGUGGGAAGUGUGUUCCUGCGCUCUGUGUAGCAUCACAGUUCAUUCAUCAUUAUUUUUAUAAUAAAGGUGUAAAACAUAAAAGGCAGUGACAUUAAAAGGUGUUCUUACCUGUAUUUCAAAUGUAGACUUCUACGUAAAACUCACACAGAGGGGUGAGGAAGCUUUUUGGAGACGGGCGUAAGUUUGAUGCUCUGUGUGUAUGGUCAGAAAGGCUUUGUAGAAGUGAUGAAUUUAAAAAAAAAAAAAAAAAAAAUGAAUUAUUUGUCAGGAAUGAAAUGUGAAAAGGUAAACGUGUGUAAAUUAAGCUGUUGCACUACUUUUACCUUGUGAUAUCUGGCAUCAUUAUGUGAGUUGGGGUGAAUGUGAGACAGACUUGGAACCAAAUGGAAUUUUUCUCCAACAAAAAAUUUCAUUUUUAGUCUGGUUGAUGUGUCAAAUUGUUUGCUUUUCAGCCCAAAGUGUUCGCAUGCUGGCCAAAAGCUGCGGUCGUUGGGUCACGGUACUGCGCUGUGAACGUAGGUGACCAGGUCACGGUGAGCUGCGGAAGCUGUUGUGAAUAAAGCACUUGCUAAGAAACUACACGGGGCAGAGUAAUGGGAGGCUGUCCUGGCUAAUGUGUGAGAGCCUGCUGGAUUAUCACUGCUCCGUUUUGUUUGUGUGUGGCUGCACAUUGACAGUAAUCAGCGUGCGUCACUAAUUGUGGUCUCCAUAACUGACUCUCUCUGCUAAAAGAGGAGCUGUGAAGUGGAGGAGUCCUUGGUGGGGGAGGGGCACUUGGGGAAGUUGGUACAAUUCCUGUAUUUCAGGUUUCCGGAACCCUCCUUCACCUUACGGUCCCUUCUACUGCCCUAAUACUCCUGAGAGGGGAUGGUUGUUGGUUCAAACAGGGGCCGGCUGAGAGAAGGGGAAGUUGGAACCUGGAGGGGCUGUGUGUUAAAUAAAGCUUUCGGGUGGGGGCUCGAGAUUUAUGCGAGCAGCUGACGGCACCCUGGGUCCCGCCCACUCCCCGAGCGGCAUGUGGGAUCGGGUCGGGGCCCGCACCGUGGCGAGAGAGCGUGGAGCGGGAGGUCAUGGAUGCCCUGGCUCUGGAGGCGGCGUUGCCCAAAAGGGCUGCACCCCCCCCAGUGAUUCUGCCGCCGGUGCCGGUCAAGCGGCCCAAACCUGCCAAGAAGGCUAAAAAAGCUGUGGUUUUCUUUGAGGUCGAGAUCCUGGACGCCAAGACCAAGGACAAGCUCUGCUUCCUGGACAAGGUGGAGCCCAACGCUACGAUUGGAGAGAUCAAGUCCAUGUUCCACAAAUCCCACCCGCAGUGGUACCCGGCCCGGCAGUCCAUUCGCCUCGACCCCAAGGGAAAGUCUCUGAAGGACGAGGAUGUCCUGCAGCAGCUCCCCGUUGGGACCACGGCCACGUUCUACUUCCGGGACCUUGGAGCCCAGAUCAGCUGGGUCACGGUCUUCCUCACCGAAUACACGGGACCACUGAUCAUCUACCUGCUCUUCUACUUCCGGGUGCCUUUCAUCUACGCGCCCAAGUACGACUUCACCACCAGCAAGCACUGGGUUGUGCACUUGGCUUGCAUGUGUCACUCGUUCCACUAUGUCAAGAGGCUUCUGGAGACCCUGUUCGUCCACCGCUUCUCCCAUGGCACCAUGCCCCUGCGCAACAUCUUCAAGAACUGCACGUACUACUGGGGCUUUGCGGCGUGGAUGGCCUACUACAUCAACCACCCGCUGUACACACCUCCCAUGUACGGCGAGCAGCAGGUGACCAUAGCGCUCAUGAUUUUCCUGUUCUGCCAGAUCGGUAAUUUCUCCAUCCACAUUGCCCUCCGCAACCUGCGACCCCCAGGCUCUAAAACAAGGAAGAUCCCAUACCCUACCAAGAACCCUUUCACAUGGGUCUUCCUGCUCGUGUCCUGUCCCAACUACACGUACGAGCUGGGCUCCUGGCUGGGCUUCACCAUGAUGACGCAGUGCUUGCCUGUCGCCUUCUUCACCUUUGUGGGCUUCGUGCAGAUGACCGUGUGGGCCAAGGGCAAGCACCGCAGCUACCUGAAGGAGUUCCGGGACUACCCGACGCUGCGCUCGCCCAUACUGCCCUUCAUCCUGUAGAGGUCCGGGAGCCCAGCACACCCUUGUAGCACGGUGGUGAACGGCUUUAUGUUGGGUUCGUUGCACGUUGACUUCCUCUUCAGUGUGCUGAACGGUUGAGAUCUUUGUUUAAAUGGAUGAAAGUUAAAAAUCAAGGUCCUACCACAUGCAAAAACCUCAUUUAAAUUUGCUCUGCAGCAUUUGGAAACGGUCCAGUUGGAGCUGAUUUCUGAGGUUUUUUUUUUUUUUUUUUGAUUGUGAGAUUAAAUUGAUGUUUAAAUUUACUUUGUGACACUGGACCAUUUUUCAUAUACAUGUCAAAUCAUUUUAAAAUGUUUGUCUACAACCAUUUCACUUUAGGGCAGAAGCUUUUAACCUUGAAGACCCCUUUAAGAAUCUGGAAGAAAGAAAAUGUUAAGGCCACAUUCCUAGCAAACUGUCCAUAAAUAUUUCUACAAAAACUGAACUCAGUUUAUCGUACUGAAACUUGAUUCCAUUCAGAUGCAACGUUUUGGUACUUCUGUGUGUUUAGAAACCAGAUGAAA